AUGGCAGAUAUAUUCAAUAAUACUACUGCCGGUAACAUAAUUAUUGAAUUAAAAAAAAUGUUAUUUGUGAAACUGCUGCCGAUCAAAGUUGAAAAAUGGUGGGCCAAUCUUGUUGGAAUGAAAAUUAAAAAAAAAUUAAAGGAUGAUAAAGCUAUACAAAAUAAUAAUUCAAAAAUUUUCUUCCACUUUUUAACAGAGAAGCAUCAAGAAGGUGGAAGUAUCAAAAAGGUUGAAGCAUCAAGAAAGUGGAAGCAUCAAGAAGGUCGAAGCAUCAAGAAGGUGGAAGCAUCAAGAAGGUCGAAGCAUCAAGAAGGUGGAAGCAUCAAGAAGGUCAAAGCAUCAAGAAGGUGGAAGCAUCAAGAAGGUCGAAGCAUCAAGAAGGUGGAAGCAUCAAGAAGGUCAAAGCAUCAAGAAGGUGGAAGCAUCAAGAAGGUCAAAGCAUCAAGAAGGUGGAAGCAUCAAGAAGGUCGAAGCAUCAAGAAGGUCGAAGCAUCAAGGUCGAAGCAUCAGGCAGGUCGAAGUAUCAAAAAGGUCGAAGCAUCAAGAAGGUCGAAGCAUCAAGAAGGUCGAAGUAUCAAGAAGGUCGAAGCAUCGAGAAGGUGGAAAUAG